ACGGGAAAAUUAACAUAUUUUGUUUUAAAACGGUCAUUUUGCAUUUCCAAAUUCUCUUUCUAAGAUGAAAACUAACUGAACACAAUAUUUUCUUUUUUUUGUCGGCUAAUUUGUCUAAAGUCUGUUAAUCGAUCACUGAGUCACUUUCGGCGGCGAGCAUUACUCGAUUAGACAUGUCUGUUCUGGCAAGUCAAACUGGCUGACUAAAACUAGCUAGCGUCGGCAGCUAAUAAGCUAAUAUUUAACCAACCGGACAACAAUACACAUUCAGGCAAUACGUGAAUAUGUAACUUGGUGAACCUGAAAGUGCUGAACUAACAGGAUUACCUGUCCUGGCCCCCUGGGUGAGGUGAGGAUGGAGAACUCUGGCUACACUGAGAACUUUCCCGACUUGCAGACGGUCACCAGCAGUGACGAGGAUCUGGUGGAAAUCGCCGGGGCCACUCUGGAUUUCUCCAGCACUGAUGAUGUGCCUCCUUUAGACCGGGACAAUGAAGCAGGUGGAGCUGGGAAUGGACUUUACGGGGUUCCUAAACUGAUGGACCUUCUAGACGAGCCUGUGCCUGGGGUGGGCACUUAUGAAGACUUUAACACUAUCGACUGGGUGCGAGAGAAGUCCAAGGACCGGGAUCGUCACAGAGAGAUUGCCAGGCAGAGUAAAGAGUCUACAUGGGCUUUAAUAAAGAGUAUCAGUGAUGCCUUCUCCGGUUGGCUCCUCAUGUUAUUUAUUGGACUGAUGUCAGGUGCUCUGGCUGGCGGGAUCGACAUCUCCGCUCACUGGAUGACCGACCUGAAGGAAGGAGUAUGUCUCAACGGCUUCUGGUUCAACCACGAACACUGCUGCUGGAACUCCAAGGAGACCACAUUCCAGGAGAGAGACAAGUGUCCGCAGUGGAAGAGCUGGGCCGAGUUAAUGAUUGGCUCCAAUGGCGGGCCUUUUGCUUAUAUCUUAAACUAUCUCAUAUAUGUGUGCUGGGCUCUGCUAUUCUCUUUCCUUGCAGUGUCUCUGGUUAGAGCAUUUGCUCCUUAUGCCUGUGGCUCUGGGAUCCCUGAGAUUAAGACCAUCCUCAGUGGGUUUAUCAUUCGAGGUUACUUAGGCAAGUGGACCCUGAUGAUUAAAACAAUUACUCUGGUGCUGGCUGUGUCAUCUGGACUAAGUCUGGGCAAAGAGGGGCCGCUGGUCCAUGUGGCCUGUUGCUGUGCAAAUAUAUUGUGCCACCUUUUUACCAAGUACCGAAAGAAUGAGGCCAAAAGGCGAGAGGUUCUCUCUGCCGCUGCUGCAGUCGGUGUCUCAGUGGCAUUUGGUGCUCCUAUUGGAGGAGUUCUCUUCAGUCUAGAGGAGGUGAGUUAUUACUUCCCCUUAAAGACACUGUGGCGUUCUUUCUUCGCCGCCCUUGUGGCAGCCUUCACGCUGCGCUCCAUCAACCCGUUUGGAAACAGCCGGCUGGUGCUGUUCUAUGUGGAGUUUCACUCACCCUGGCACCUUGUUGAGCUCGUGCCCUUUGUUUUACUGGGCAUCUUCGGCGGUAUCUGGGGAGCAUUCUUCAUCCGGGCGAACAUUGCAUGGUGUCGGCAGCGCAAAACAACACGCCUGGGUCACUACCCAGUCCUGGAGGUGCUGGUGGUGACUGCUGUCACAGCUGUUCUGGCGUUCCCCAACAGCUACACACGCAUGAGCACCAGCGAGCUCAUUUCAGAGCUGUUUAAUGACUGUGGCCUGCUCGACUCCUCACAGCUGUGCAACUACGCUAACGGAACCGACAUCAAGAGCAACAGCAACACCCUGCCUGACCGACCUGCCGGCCACGAGGUCUUUACAGCCAUGUGGCAACUGGCGCUGGCGCUCGUCUUCAAGAUGCUCAUCACCGUGGUUACUUUUGGCAUGAAGGUCCCCUCAGGUCUGUUCAUCCCCAGCAUGGCUGUGGGGGCGAUUGCAGGAAGGCUGCUUGGGGUAGGCAUGGAGCAGCUGGCAUAUUACAAUCAUGACUGGGUUAUCUUUAAGGGCUGGUGCUCACCUGGGGCAGAUUGCAUCACACCAGGCCUUUAUGCGAUGGUGGGAGCUGCUGCAUGCUUGGGUGGUGUAACUCGAAUGACGGUCUCUCUGGUGGUCAUUAUGUUUGAGCUGACUGGUGGUUUGGAGUACAUUGUACCUCUAAUGGCUGCCACCAUGACCAGCAAGUGGGUGGCGGACGCCCUGGGUCGCGAGGGCAUCUAUGAGGCCCACAUCCGUCUGAACGGCUACCCGUUUCUAGAGCCCAAAGAGGAGUUCAGCCACAAAACGUUGGCCAUGGACGUUAUGAGGCCUCGUCAUAGUGACCCCCCGCUCUCAGUAAUUACACAAGAUGGCAUGAGCGUGGAGGAGGUUGAGAAUCUCAUUCUGGACACAUCUUACAGUGGUUUUCCUGUGGUUGUCUCACAUGAGUCACAGAGGCUGGUAGGCUUUGUGCUGCGCCGGGAUCUCAUCAUUUCAAUCGAAAAUGCUCGGCAACGCCAGGAGGGUGUGGUGAGCACGUCACGGAUUUUCUUCACCGAGUACACUCUGCCCCAGCCCCCUAACUUCCCACCGCCCCUGAAGCUACGUGGCAUCAUGGACCUCAGUCCCUUCACAGUCACCGAUCACACCGCCAUGGACAUUGUGGUGGACAUCUUCCGCAAACUCGGGCUACGCCAGUGUCUGGUCACUCAUAAUGGACGUUUGCUGGGAAUCAUCACCAAAAAGGACAUUUUAAAGCACAUGGCUCAAAUAGCCAACCGUGACCCAGACUCCAUUCUCUUCAACUGAAAUGCCAGCUUUUAUAAUCUCACCUCAAAACCUGUUUGAUUUGCACUACAGAUAACUAACAGUGCUAGGUGAGGGUGCACUCACACUGUGACGGUCGUUUCCAGUGCCAAGUUGGACAUCUCGCGCGUCACGACUUCGUCAUCAUACUUGUUCGGAUCAUGACACAAAGUCCUGGUUUACAAGUUGCAAGUAGCCAACCUACCAUAACAUAUCUUGACUAUUAGUUCAUCUUCAAGAAAGCGAGUGGGGAGUUGAAUAAGUGGAUAUGCAUGCACAAUCCCAAUCAUAUUAAAUUAUUAAUGUAGCUAAAGUGUAUUGAAAUUCCUGUGACGUUGCAAGCGAAAGUCUUUAUUCUUUAUUAGUCAUUCUUUGUAUACAGUUCACUGAUCAACUGCAAGCAAUUAAUUUCUAAUCUCAUCUUAAUAUAUUGCAAUAUUUCCGUCAUAACUUUAUUGAAUGAGCUAAAAGCGAAUACCAGUAACCACGAGCGUAUGUCUGUGUUUGUUGGGGUUUGCGUAACUGUACUCACAUUUUAUGUUAAAUCGGGUAACAUUUACUGUGACUUCAGCCUCUUAAGCAGGAACCUAAUUGCAUAAGGAGCAACAGGUUUACAGCAUUGUGAAAUAUGUGAAUACAAUUUUAAGGGCAUCCAACCCCUUACUUAUCAUUUAGAAGAGGUUUGCACAUUCAAGCAUUUAUCAUCUUUUCUAGUUUAACCCCUUUUUGAAUCUGCAGGGCAGCUGGGCAUUCUGCUUGUAUUAUUUAAUUGGCUGUUUUGUGGUGUUAAGUGGAUUUACACCUGGGUAUGUCUGACUUCUGCACCAUUGCUUGACCACUUCUAGUUAUAUACAUAUAUACACGUCUAUCAUAGCUUGAAAUCUUCCUCCCCUUUUUUUUUUUUGUUGCUUCCAUUGUUGACUGCAUUAUUUAUGUUAUGUUGAUCAGCACGGCCGAGUGGCCAUGCACUAAUUAUGUACUUUACGUUUUGUUUUAUUUUGUUAAGUUUUCAGCUUUGUUUAGACAGUAUAUGAUCAUUUGUAGCAGUGGCCUUUCCACAAAAAAUAUUGUAUUUCACUAUAUUCCUCAGGAUAUGAUGUAUGCAUGGUUGAAGACUUUAAUGAUAUUUUAACCACAACCUUAAUCUCAGUGUUUAAGACAAAAUUAUUUUGAAAUAUACACAUCUACAAGCAAAGUUUCUUUGGAGUGUUUUCCUGACAUGAUGGGAUCUUGUUCACUUGAGACUGCUCUCAGUCAGGUGCACGAUCCAACGCUGUCAUUGUUUACAUCCUCCAAAGACACUUUCCUGCACAUUACUUUAAGCUUUUCAUAAAUCCAUUAAGGGCUAGAGUUAAUACUGGUAUUUCUAAUCCACAGCACCUGGUGUCAUUAUCAGGAUUUUGUCUUUAAUAAGGCAGAGAGUUGUUUUGAAAUCAUGUUGGAGCUGUUCUUGUAUACCAGGGUCUUACAAUAUCUCAUCCCUUUUCUCUUAUUGUACCAUCACUUCAGUGUGCCUGCAGAUCUGGGUACAUCACAAGGCCACUUUAAUUUUUUCCAUGCACUCCAUAUGAGAAGAGCAUUAUGUAUUUUUAUGUCUUAGAAAUUUAUGUAUGUUAUGUCAUUAAUUACUUGGUACCUGUUUAUCUGAUUCAUGUGUGUUUAUCAUGGUUUAUGUAUUUGGAAAAAAUAAGAAUGUAUCAUUAUCACUAUAAUUUAUUCAUUAACACUCAUAAGGCAA